CCAAACACUCCCAACAUCUAAAAAUGGCUUAAAAGCUGGUCAAACCAGCUUUUAAAAGCCAAUCCAAACAGGCUCAUAGUCUCUACAAAUGUUAAGGUUUGCCUUUAGUAUGGUAGCUCAGUGAAGUUGUCUGUGCAGGUUGGAGAGUGACCCUUCUGGAGUCUAUGAAUAAGCGUUGUUCCUUCCUGGAGCAUGUGGUUAGUCAGAUAGGUCUAUCAAAUGUUCAAGUUAAAAGAGAAAGAGCUGAGAAGUUAGGGCAAGACGUCAGCUUCAGAGAGUCUUUUGAUGUUGCAGUUGCCAGAGCAGUUGCAGAAAUGAGAAUUUUAGCUGAGUAUUGCCUUCCUCUAGUCCGAACUGGUGGUAUCUUUGUAGCUGCAAAAGGUCAUGAUCCUCAGGAGGAAGUACAAAGUGCAGAGAGAGCAAUACAACUGAUGGGAGCCUCUCUAUUGCAAAUUUAUUAUGUUGAUUCCCACAGUAAACAUGGACAGAGAACUGCCAUAAUUUGUUUGAAAGAUAAAUCUACCCCCAAGAAAUAUCCUCGAGAUCCAGGAACUCCAGCAAAGGUUCCACUUUGAGAGAAACUUCUUAUCUCCCAAUUGUACAACUAUGAAGAGGGAAAUUUGUAUUUCAGUAUCCGUUCUCUCGAGUUUAGAAGCAGAAACACUGUAAUCAAAGAUGGCUGGAAACAGCACUACUAGUUCCCUUGACUUUUUGCUUACCUCAUUAUUUGAGAAUGUACACCACACAGAUUUCACUUAAUUUCUAUCCAUUAAGAUGAAUGUAUAUUAUAACCCCACAGUUUUAUUA